CUAGUGAGCAUGUCACUCACUCACAGUCAGAUAUGUGGGGAACUUGUUCAUAGUCUAAGAGUCAGGUCAGAAGAACAUAGUGCAUGGACAAACUUUGAACAAUGUAUUGAGGAAAACAAUAACACAACAAAACAAUUUGUCAGGGUACUGCUGCUCCUAAUAAUCAAGCUGGAAUUGGAGUAAACUUUGCACAUGUUCCCUUCUCAGCAUCACACAACAAGCCUAAGAGCUGGCCUCUGCACUGAAUAAACUGCACCAUGGUCGAUUACUACCAAGCACUGGACAUCCCUCAAACUGCCUCCGCAGAUGAAGUUAAAAAGGCGUACAAGAAGAAUGCACUGAAAUGGCACCCAGAUAAAAACCCAGGGAAGAAGGAAUAUGCGGAGAAGAAGUUCAAGGAGAUAGCAGAAGCAUAUGAAGUGCUAUCAGACAAUUAUAAGCGUGACCUUUAUGACCUCUAUGGGCUUGAGGGUCUUAUAGGCCUAAGCACAGGUACUGGGCUUUAUCAGAGCACAACUGGGACUCCUGACCUCAUGUUCACCUUUCGCGACGCAGAGGAGGUCUUCAGGGAAUUUUUCGAAGGACAAGAUCCUUUCAAUGAACUCCUUGAGGAGUUGUCUCCAUUUACAGAUCGUCAAGGAGGAAUGUCCCAGUGGGCCAUGCCAGGGGGUGGCACCUACUCUUAUUGCUCCUAUAGCUCUCCAGGCCAGACAGAUUUCUUCACUACCUUUGGGCCCGGUGCUGAAUUGGGAAUUGGCUUCCGCUCUAUCUCCACAUCUACUAUGUACAUCAAUGGCAAACGGAUAACCACCAGGAGGAUUCUGGAACAUGGACAGGAAACAGUGGAGAUUGAUGAGGAUGGGGAGCUCAAAGUGGCAGAAGUGCAUGACCUCACCAACAACUUGAAGGCCAGGGUGGAACUCAUCCAGCAGAAACAACCUGAGAUCCUGCACUCUGCCACUGGCAUCCCAACUCCUCCACGCCCACAGAGCGCUGGGUUCUCUUUUGCCCACCCUGAGAACGAAGACAAGGAACUGCACCGGGCCACUAUGGCCUAUAGCCUGUCUGAGAUGGAGAAUGUGGGGCAGCAUGUGGCAGGAUCCUCUCACAGCUCCAAGAAGAGACGUGGCAGCAGCCGGCGGCCAUGCAAAAGGAACCAGGGGCCCAGUGAGGAAGUGGCUGCUCCCUUCCCCAUCAGAGCCAAGAGUCCAGGUGCAGGAGACAACAUGAAGGAGGAGAAGGAAGACAAGCCAGUGGAAGGCCCAAAGGCCAGAGGCAGCACAGAAGCACCAAAAAAGAGCCAGCUUGUUGUGCCAGGCCCUGAGGAGAAUGACUCGGUCCUCAGCGACAUGCGGUCUUUUGCUGAAGUGAUGUCAUCCAAAGGUGACUACGUCUCCACGUGUACAAAGUACCUGUCUCUCUGUUGAAUCCUUGUAACCUGCGCCAGCGCAUCUGCAUCAGAGGGUGUUGCUUUCAGCCGGGCUUGAACUCCUGUACAUCUCCCUUUUGCAUUCAUAUUUUGAAAUAAUCUCCCUGAAACAGUGGUGGGAGCAAAUAAUCUGUGUUCAAGUUACAAAUGAGAGUCCUGCUGAAACACAAAUGCUAACGGUGUAGGGCCCUGUUCUGUUUUGCAUGCGGUACCCAACUAAAUUUUAACUAUGUGAAAUGUAAAUAAGUUUAUUUCGGUCAAAGACCAGCAAGUACAAAAUAAACAAAUCGUAAUCAUAAAAUGCAUAUUUACAAAAGAAAUGAU